AUGGGAAUCUCCAUUUCCUCAUUUCACUCUUCUCUUGCUCUCGUGUUUUCUUUUUCUCCUUUGCAAACUCAUCUCCCAAAACAGUAUUGCCUUGAUGACCAGAGAUCCUGUCUGUUGCAAUUGCAGCAUGAUCUCUACUAUGCCCCAAAUUUUACUUUCACUUCCAAAUUUGAGUUGUGGGAUCCCAACACUGAUUGUUGCUCUUGGGAAGGAGUUACCUGUGAUGAUGCCAUUGGUCAUGUCAUUGGACUUGAUCUAAGCUACAAAAACCUUUCAUGGACCUUUCACUCCGUUUUCGAUCUCCAUCAUCUUCAGCGCCUAAACCUUGCUGGAAACAAGUUCAACACCACUCUGCUUUCCUAUGGGUUUGAUGAGCUUCCAAAUCUAACUCAUCUCAAUCUCUCCAGCUCAUGUUUCCAUGGCCAAAAUCCAAUGGAGAUCUCAUACUUAACAAGGUUAGUUUCUCUCGAUCUCUCUUAUCAAGAUGCUACUUUGAGACUAGAGAAACCAAGCUUCAAGACAUGAAUCAAGAAUUUGAGGUUUCUCAGAGAGCUUCAUUUGGAUGGUGUGGACAUUUCAACUCAUAGCGCUAAAUGGUGUAAAACCACAUCUCUAGUACUUUCCGACCUAUAAUUGUUGAGUCUCUCAAACUGUGGUUUAAAAGGUCCAUUAUGUCCUUCACUCUCAAAACUUGGUUUUCUUUCCAAACUUAUCCUUGGCGGAAAUCCAAUCUCUUAUCUACCUCCCAAUUUCUUGAAAAUUUCCUCUCAUUUGGUUUCUCUCAGUUU